UCGAAACAGGAAACAGAAACAGCAACGCUAAGAAUUUUGUUUGGCGCCUUUACCGGGCCGGCCUGAGUUAUCAGAUAAUUACGUUGAAGUUCCAUAAAAAUAAAUUCUGUUACAUACAAAAUGGGAGAUAAAGGAGACGGAGAAACCUUCGAUGACGCGGUUGAAGAGAGAGUAAUCAACGAAGAAUAUAAAAUAUGGAAGAAAAAUACACCAUUUCUGUACGACUUGGUGAUGACCCAUGCACUGGAGUGGCCCUCGCUCACUGCCCAGUGGCUCCCCGAUGUCACCAGGCCAGACGGAAAGGAUUAUUCCGUACACAGACUUAUCUUAGGAACACACACAUCUGAUGAACAGAAUCACUUGCUGAUCGCCAGUGUGCAACUACCUAAUGAAGAUGCACAAUUUGAUGCCAGCCAUUAUGAUAAUGAUAAAGGAGAAUUUGGAGGCUUUGGUUCUGUAUCAGGCAAGAUUGAUAUAGAAAUUAAGAUCAACCAUGAAGGUGAAGUGAACAGGGCCCGCUACAUGCCCCAGAAUCCUUGCGUCAUCGCAACGAAGACGCCGUCGUCUGAUGUACUUGUCUUUGAUUAUACAAAGCACCCCUCCAAACCUGAGCCUUCUGGAGAGUGCCAUCCUGAUCUAAGAUUGCGUGGUCAUCAAAAAGAAGGUUAUGGCUUGUCAUGGAAUCCAAACCUUAAUGGAUAUCUUUUAUCAGCCAGUGAUGAUCAUACAAUCUGCCUGUGGGACAUCAACGCGACGCCAAAGGAGGGGCGGGUCAUCGAAGCGAAGUCCGUGUUCACCGGCCACACGGCCGUCGUCGAGGACGUCGCGUGGCACUUGCUACACGAGUCGCUCUUCGGAUCCGUGGCUGACGACCAGAAGCUGAUGAUAUGGGACACCAGAUGUAAUAAUACAUCGAAACCAUCCCACACAGUGGACGCACACACCGCUGAAGUUAACUGCCUCAGUUUCAAUCCCUAUUCAGAGUUCAUUCUUGCUACUGGCAGUGCUGAUAAAACGGUUGCGCUUUGGGAUCUACGCAAUUUGAAAUUAAAGCUACACUCGUUCGAGUCGCACAAAGACGAAAUAUUCCAAGUACAAUGGUCGCCACACAACGAAACUAUUCUCGCGAGCAGUGGUACCGACAGAAGACUCCAUGUAUGGGACUUAUCAAAGAUUGGCGAGGAACAGACAGCUGAAGAUGCAGAAGAUGGACCCCCAGAAUUAUUGUUCAUACACGGAGGACACACCGCUAAGAUAUCUGACUUCUCAUGGAACCCUAAUGAACCAUGGGUCAUCUGUUCCGUCUCUGAGGAUAACAUUAUGCAGGUGUGGCAGAUGGCUGAGAAUAUCUACAACGACGAGGAGCCGGAGACGCCGGCGUCGGAGUUAGAGUCGGCCGUCAACGUCAACCACGGCUAGUCGUCCUGUCUGUACGACUCAUGUGCUCUGUGGAGAGUGUGAAAUAACAACAUUGUUUAACAUUCACUUUUUAAUCGUUAAUCUGUGAGAUAACUCUGCUACAACCGAACAAUAAUGGGGUACAAGUUUUCGGAACUGUUCUUAAAAUAUAAAUAGAAAUUAAAUCAUGUAAACGUUAUACAAAACACUAAAAUCUUGUUGGAAAAAAUGACAUUUAUUAAAAUGCUUUGUAAAUAUCAUUAUGAAAUUUAACUACCUAAUGAUCUGCUAUUCUAGCUAAUUAUCUGAGUUUUUUCGGACUAUUACAAACAGCAUUUUUUACUUCUAAUUGAAAUUACCACAAAAUUUUAUAUUUUCAAUAUUUAAAUGCAAAAAGUUGUCCCGUUUUUCAUACUUUUCAAACUAUUUGACAGUAAACAGUAUAUUAAACAUACAAGUAUAGAUGUAGUGAGAAACUAUUUUCCUUCGGGAAAACUCUUGAUCUUUAUCGGAAUACGAUGACACCCGAACUGUCAAUGAAUGAUCGUAUUAAAUGAGUGACAUUUUCAUAUCCAUUAAUAAGGAACUUUAUUGUUUAGUCUCAAAUGUCAAAAUGACAUUGUAUAAUAUAGAGAUGCUGCAACCAUAACAAUUAUUACUUAAAACAGGAUAUUUACUAGGGUAUUAUACGAAAUGAAUUCCCGAUAUUUUUAAGUAAUAAUUGUUAUGUUCGGGAUGUGUGGACAUAAGUUUCGUCAGUAUUAUACACAAUAUCUGCCUUCAGAUCUAUACUUCCUUAUUAAGUCUACGUACUUUACUCUUUUAAGUCUAACGUCAUCUUUUCCAUCAGCAUUUUCCUAUUAUUAGCAAUUUUCUUCAAUAAAAAACCCAGUAGUGUAAAAUCACAUUCUUUGAAAUUCAUCGUUUCUAUUUAUUUGGGCUUUAGUGCUUUUAUUGUAGGGACUUGUUUAUAAAUGAGAUGAAAGCUAUAAACCAUUCGUCGUAUCACUGCAUAAUCAAAAUCAUCAAGAUCUAGAUAGAUUUUCAUGCAUGGUCUACCCAUCUUAAUUUUGUUUGUGUUGGUAUUUUUAUUAUUUCUGUAUUCUUCCUCCUGGUUCAAAAUAUUCUUAUUGUUGGUCUAGUUGCGUUUGAAAUUCGCUGUUGAACUUUGUCAAAAUACUCUUGAGUUGUUGCUGUUUUUGAAUUUGCUAUUUUCCGAUAUGAAGUACAGGUAAAACUUAAAUAAAACUUUUCCGAAAAAUUACGAAGUAAAAUCUUUUCUCAUUAUAUCUAUAAAGUGAAUCGUUACAUAGCAUACAAAUAGGUACAUAGGCUAAAUAUAACUUUAACAUUAGCAAUUGUUCUAAUAUUUUGGGCAAUUGGUGUCUGCGCGUGACAGUCCUAAGUCAAUCUAUUUCAUCAACAUAAAAAUUAAAUUGAGCACAGAUUGCAUUUUUUUUCCUACCUAAGCUGAUAGGUUUGAGAGGCUAUAUCAGCGUAGCUUAACUAGUAGGUGAGCCCACGGGGCUCAAACCUGAUGAGCUUAAAUUUGCCUGUUCACGGCUUAUCUUAGAUUGAAAUAUAUGUUACUAUCUAUAAAUUAAGAACAGUUCUGAAAGUAUAUCAAUUUGUACUCACAUUAUAUUUUAAUUAGGGCAACUACCAAUUGAUAGGUAGGUAGAAUGGUUCAUCAGUUAAGAGUUCUUGUCAGACGUGCAAGACUUAAUAUGUCUUCAUCAAUGAUCGUUAUCCAACAGUGUACUCGUAAGAUUGUGAUUUUAUUUCAAUUUGUCUUAAAAUAAGGUAUCUAAGUAUUAUGAAUACGUUUUAAUGAGAAACAAAUUGAUUUGAAAUCAUUAAAAAUUUUGUUAACAUGAAAAAAAUGUUCUAACCGGAUUAUAAUUAAGUUUUUCUUGUAUGAAUUUUCCAAUGACGCUCUAGAUUCCAGUCAGAAACAAUUUGAUAGUUAAAUAUUGAAAACUUAAUAGACAGCCCAAGCCAUCAAGCCUUUUCAUUAUAGUGCAUUCAUUUUUUAUACAUGUAGAAUUUCACUAAUACAAAACUUACUACAUAUACCUUAUUUACAUUAAAAUUUCAUACAAUUUUAUGGAAUGGUGUGGACAAUACCCGAAAUUUGUUUCGAAUUACUACAAAGAUUCAAGAAACCUAUGGCCUCUGAGUUGAUAAACUUAUAUUUACAUUUAAGAUGAGACUUCUGUUUUAUGUAUUUCUUGUUUGCUACAAAUACAAUUUUUAUUUUUUUCAAUCCUGUUUAUAUUUUGUGAUUUUUAAUUGCGCGAAUGAUUUCAAAAAGUAGUAUAUAUUUAUCCAUAAAUUAAAAAUAAUACAGCUUGAUAAUUCCGAGGUCUAUGGACUCGAAUAACCACUUAACACCAAAUGGGUUCUGAGCCUGUCUAUGCAAUAAAAAAAAAUCGAGUGAUGUGACUUCACUAUCUUUUAAAAGAAACCUUAUUGAGUCUGUGGCGUAGAAUAUAACUUUUAUAUAUUUUUGUAUGUUGUUUCUUUAGGAUAAUGUUAGUAAACGUAUAAUAUGAAGAAUGGUAAUUUUUUUAACAAACUAUAAAAUUGUUAAUGUUUUGAAAAGAUCUCUAAACUAACUUUCAAAAACAUUGUUCAGAAAUAAUCGAUUCUACAUUCAGAUGAAUCUCGAUACUUUUAAUAUUCCCAGGAUAAUAUUGCCAUGUGAAUAAUGGCAAGCAAGCACUACACAGUCCCAUUGUAAACUGUAAGCAAAAAAAAACAACCCAUUUAAUUUAUUUCCCGUACGUCACAAGGACUUGUUAUUUUUUUAAAUUUCAAUUUGGUAUUUUUAAGAGCAUCUUUGACAUGCCCGCUGUAAAUCAUAAAUUAAUUAGUCUAGAUUAUAUGUAAUUUUUAAGUAUUUUAGGUAGUGACUGCCAAAAAACAAUAGAUACAGCCGUUUUUUUUUUAAAUAAAAUAAAUAAUAAUUUCAUUAAUAAUAUUAAUUUGGAGCUCUUAAACGGUAAAAAUGAAUGACCGAUCGAGGGUGUGUUGUGUAAGGCGUUGAAAUGUACUUUUAAGCUCUGCUAAAUAAUUAUUAUGAUUAAAUAUAUUGUAAGUGAA